UGAAGACCAUGGAGAAGAGACUCCCUCCACCGGAUCCUGCUGUAGUUUAGGCGAUGCCUGUAUGUAUGGCACAGGGACCCAAUUAACCCGUGGAUUGAAGAAUCAUGGGUAACCUCAUUAGCAGACCUAGCUGUUUGGGACAAAAGUCCAAACAAGUUAAGUCAGAGGACAGCGUCUUCAAAGAGUGCUACCAGCAACAAAGAGAAUGGCUGCUCCCAGAGCCUCCUAGAGAAGAAACAAGGAAAGAGAAUGUGGAAGAGGUUCUUCGACAAACUCCAACACCGGACAAGCAGAGGAGUUCCCCAGCCCCUACUGUCACUACAACCAGCACUCUGGACAAUGCCUGGCGAAGCACUCCGUCCCCGGUAAAAACACCACGAAAUGGGUCUUUGCCCAGAAUGUGUAAUAUUCCAGAGUACAGAAGAUCCCCCCUGAGUCAGUAUGGAUCCGUGGACAGGAAAGCCAGCCUGCAGAGAAAGGAUUCUGGAAGUCCCUGGUCCUGGAAGCCUCUGAACACUCGAGAGGUUACUGAAGUCACAGAGGUGACAGAGACUAUUGUUACCGAGAUUGUAGAGGUGACAGAGUAUCCUAGUGCGGGGAAAGGAGGUGACCCUAUUGUUACUAGAACUGUUAGAGUCCUUACUGGAGCUGCUGAGGAACUUGCAGAGCUGCAGAGUGAUGGUCAAUCAAGUUCAGACCAGGAAUCAAGUCUAGAUCAAUGGAAGGAUGGCAGAAGUGUUUUGGCUCUGAAAGAUGAGUUCAGGGAUCCGCUGAAAUUCCAGCAAAAUCUGGAAAUGCUGCUGACGUGGGUCUGCGAGAUUGAGGAGCUGACAGCCAAUCAAAAACCACCAUCCUCAGAGUUUAAAGUGGUGAAAGCGCAGCUACAAGAACAGAAGCUCUUACAGCGCCUCCUAGAGGACAGGAGACCAAGUAUGGAGACCAUGAUGCAGGAGGGUCCACACCUGGCAGAGGGGCUUCAGGGACAUGACAGUGAAAAGACCAAAGUGCAGCUUGCACAGCUCGAGCUCAAGUGGGAGGCUCUACUUCAGGGUGCCAACAGCAGACACAGGACUCUGGAGGACAUUCUGCCAAGAGCUCAACUAUUUCAGGAGAGGACAGACAGACUUCAGCAAUGGCUUAUAUCUGUGGAUCAGGACUUAGCUGAGCUGCGCUCUGCAGAGAGAGGGAUGCUCCAUCUGCAAGAAGCCACAGGACAGGCCACGGCAGUCAUGGAAGAGAUAAAAGCUAAGAGUGUCAACCUGGGGAAACUCCAACAAUGUGCUCAUGAGCUCAUGGAGAAGAUUUCAGAGGAGGAAACCCAGCUGGUGCAGGAGCGGGUAGACAGUCUGCGUAUCCGGUACUCAGUGAUGAGUCUGGGUAGUGCUGAUGUCCUGCAGAGGCUGGAACAGGCUUUGGAGGCAUCUAGUCGAUGUACCUCCAGUCAGGAAGACCUCCACCUGUGGCUUGGUCGAAUCGAGAGAGAGCUGCUGGCUCCUGCUGCCCAGACUGAGACUGGAGAUGCAGUCUUGUGUUCUUCUGAGAGGCAGAAGCUGGAACAGGCUGUUGAGAAAGAGUUGGCUUGGUUUAGAGACACCUCACUGGCACUGGAGGAGCUCAGAGCCAUUAAUCUGGACCCAGACAUCAUUGCAUCCAAGCUCAAUGAGCAGAAAAUACUUGCUGUGGAGAUUCUGCAGCACAAGUUUAACAUUGAGAAAAUGGUGAAGAUUUUGGAACUCCUGCAGAUGUACACUGAGGAUGGGGAGACACUGAGACUCCAGUCUUCCCUGGACACCUUACAGGAGCAGUGCCAGGUCACUACUGCCACUAAUUCCCAAGUCUUGCUUCAACUGGAGCAUGCUCAGUCGCUCUUGUCUCAGUUCUCAGAGGGCUAUGCUGAGGUGUUACCAUGGUUACAGGAAACCAAAGCCCUUAUUUGCCAGUUUACCCUAAACACCAUCAGCUACGAGGCUUUCCGAGAACAACAGGACCUCUUACAGGGCAUCAGGGAGUCCAUAGCAGAGCAUAAGCCACUGAUAGCACGGCUGAUCAUGCUGGCCCAGCGUCUAUCAGACCUGAAUGCAGUUCAGGGAGAGGAGUUCUGCCAGAAAGCCAGGGACACUGAAGAGCAGCAUCUGGCCAUCAGAGACAGGGUCCGAGAAGCUGCUGGAGUACUGGAGGAGUCUCUGCCCCGCUAUACACAGCUGAAUGAGAGGAUGACUCUGAUCGGAGAGAGAGUGGAGCGUCUGUGUAGUCACCUGCAGGCCUCAAUGGCUCUUCAAGGCCUCUCCCCACGAAUUCAAGAGCAGCUACAGGACAACAAGCACACAUUGUCUGAGCUCUCAAAAUUGGAUCUGGACCUCAGCAGUGUGAGGACACAGGCUCAGGAGCUCCUGACCAACACAGGGGCUCUUGGGGACAGUUCCAUUGGCACAGCUAUUCAAGACCGGGUUUGCAGUCUAACAAGCCGCUGGGAGGAGGGUCAAAGACAAGCUCAGGAGAGGGAGAAGUGGCUUCUCAAUCUCCUGGAUCUGGCAGUCAGGUUCUGGAAUGAUGUGAGUGACAUGACAUCUGGACUGAAUGAUGCCCAGCAAGCUGUUCUGGACCUCAACUCCAGUCGAUCAGAUUCAGAAACCAUCCGACAGAGCCUGGAGACCAUGCAGACACUCAGGGAGGACAUUGAUUCUCUGCAAGGUGACCUGGACACACUAGGAAUUCUGGGAAUGGAACUCAUGUCAGCUUGUGGUGACACAGACAAGCCAGAGGUUACCAAAAAUUUGGAUGAGCUUUAUGGCACAUGGAACAAUCUCAGUAAGAUCUGGACAGAGUGCAACAGUAAGUUAGAAGAAUGUUUACGAAUGGCUCUCCAUUAUCAGGACAGUAUGCAGGGACUCUUUGAGUGGCUGAAGUCUGCAGAGCUGAAAUCCACCGAGGAGUUCUCAGUGGGAUCUGACCUGGGAUCAGUUAAAGAGCAGCUAUGUGACCUGAAGGAAUUUAAGCGAGAGCUCUAUCAGAAGAAGAUCGAGAUUGAGAGUCUAAACCAUCGCUUUGUGUGUCGCCUUUCCCCGGGCACUGAGCGGCCUGGGUCCAUCUCUCCACUGAGUGACUUCCGUCAGCGAUGGGACAACUUGGAGUCAGAGACUGUCAGCAGACAGCACCAGUUGGAGUGUGCACUGCUGGGCUUGGGUCAGUUCCAGAACACUCUUGAUGAGUUGCACGCCUGGCUCUCCCACACGGCUGACCUACUGCAAGCCUCUCAGUCAAUAAGCAUUGACCUGCAAACCUGUGAGAUAGAGCUAGCCAAGCACAAGGUUCUGCGGAAUGAUGUGAUGUCCCAUGUGCACACGGUAGACUCUCUGAACCAGGCCGGCAGAAACCUGAUGGAGUCUGGGGCGGGAGACAGUUCACAUGUCCUGCAGACUCGUCUGGAACAGCUGAACGAACGCUGGGAAUUUGUGCGCUGUGAGACAGAGCGCAGACAGCUAGAGCUGGAAAAUAACCUCAGUCAGGUUCAGGACGUAACCAUGGAGAUCCAGGAUCUCCUGCAGUGGCUGGAGCACACAGACCUGAGGCUGUCGUCCAGUAAGACCGUGUGGGGAAUGCCAGACUCUGCCAACGAGAGACUGAACGCUCAUUUGGAGUUGUGUAAUGAGAUGGAUUCUAAAAUGCACGCUUACACAAAUGUGCGCAACGCCAUCCACAGGAUGCUGGAGGGCAGUGAAGUGGCCCGGGGCUCCGGCACAGAGCAUAGCUUAUGCAUACUGGAGCAGAAGUGGAGCACUGUCUACGCUAAAAUGCAAGAAAGAAAGUUGGGAGAAUUUUUCCCCCUUAAGAAAACCCAACUCGGUGAAUUUGUAUGUUUUCAGGAGUUCCAGAAGCUGCUCCGCUCGAAGCGGCCCAUGUACGAGGCCUGUCUGAAGAGAGGCCGCUCGCUGCAGGAGAAAGCCCAGAGUCCUGAAGACACACAGCACCUGGAGAACAUGGUGUCUGAGCUCAGAGACUCAUGGGACACCAUCAGCGGCAAAUCCAGCGAGAGGCAGCACAAGCUGGAAGAGGCUCUGCUGUUUUCAGGCAGAUUCACUGACGCUCUGCUGGCUCUUAAUGACUGGCUGUACAGAGCCGAGCCACAGCUGGCUGAAGAUGUGCCUGUCUGUGGUGAAAAAGACCUGGUCAGCAAUCUGAUAGACAAGCACAAGGUGUUCCAGCGGGAGCUCGGGAAGCGUGCCAGCUGUAUCCGCACGCUGAAGCGCUCAGUCAGGGAUCUGACGCGGAGCAGCACGGCCGAUGCACACUGGCUGCAGGAGCAGAUGGAGGAGCUGGAGGGCCGCUGGGAGGCCGUGUGUAAACUCUCUGUGUCCAGACAGAGUCGACUAGAGGCCGCGCUGCAACAGGCGGAAGAGUUCGAUGGAAUAGUUCACUCGUUCCUGGAUCAUCUUUGGGAUGUUGAGAGGGUCCUGAAGUACGGCGUGCUGCCUGAGGAAGAGGAGGCUCUUCUGGCAUUUCGUACCUGUCAUCAGGAGUCGAUGAUUUCCUUGAACACUCAGCAGACGGCGCUCGAGAACAUUCACACACUGGGCGAGGAGAUUCUGUCCUCCUGUCAUCCAGACUCUGUCAUCACCAUCAAAUCAUGGAUCAGCAUCACAAAGACUCGCUAUGAAGAGGUCCAAACGUGGGCGAAGCAGCAGGCCGAGAGGAUCCAGACCACACUGUCUGCUCUCGAGGCAGAGAGAGAGGAGAUCCAGCGAUUACUGGACUGGAUCUCCUCCGCUGAAGAGUCUCUCAAUCUGAAGGAGCAGGAGCUGCUGCCUGAAGACCUAGAGCUCUCUGCAGAUCUCAUCACUCAGCACGCGGUACUAACAGCCAAUAACAAUCUAUUCACAUUAAACAAUUCUCUCCUCAUUUACUCACUUAUGUCAUUUCAAACCUAGAGGAGAGGCACAGCGAAGCCCCUGCCGUCUGUUCCUCUUCCACUGGAGAAACUGGACCCUCAGACACCUGUGAUGAGUCAGCUGGUGAGUCAAUGGAGGACACUCUGGCUCCUGGCCCACGGCAGACAGAGCAGACUAGAGGAACAUCUGCAGAGGCUGAAAGAGCUGGAGGAGUUUGCUAAUUUUGACUUCAACAUCUGGCGGAAAAGAUACAUGCAGUGGAUAAGUCACCUCAAAUCCCGGAUACUGGAUGUUUUUCGUAGCAUUGAUCGUGAUCAGGAUGGACGAAUCACUCACAAGGAGUUCAUCACCAGCGUUCUGGCCUCUAAAUUUCCCACCAACUCCCUGGAAAUGACUGCGGUUGCUAACAUAUUUGAUGUUAACGGUGAUGGAUUCAUUGACUACUAUGAAUUUGUGAGUGCCCUCCAUCCAAGCCGAGACCCUUACAGAAAGGCGAUAGAUGCAGACCAAAUCAAUGAGGAGGUGAGCCGUCAGGUCUCUCAAUGCAACUGUCCAAAGAGAUUUCAAGUAGAGCAAAUAAGCGCAAAUCGCUACAGGUUUGGAGACUCUCAGCAGCUGCGGAUGGUUCGUAUUCUCAGAAGCACUCUGAUGGUUCGAGUUGGUGGUGGAUGGACAGCGUUAGAUGAGUUUCUAGUGAAGAAUGACCCCUGUAGAGUAAAGGGACGCACGAAUCUGAAGAUAAAGGAGAAGUAUCUCUCUCCGGACGCGUUCGAGGCUUCGGGCCGCAGAGGCAGCGCUAAAGGCCUGACCGUCAGCAGAUCUAACUCCAGCCUGAGUUUAUACAGCAGCGCUUCGGCUCCCAGCAGCCCGCUGACACGCAAGGCAUUGCUACGCAGAAGUUUCUCUGGUGAGAGGUGCAUUCGACCCAGGAGCUCUAUUGCAGCAUUAGGGAUCGACAUCGACUCACCUUCACCUACAGAAGAGGCAGAAAGACCGCCAACAUGACCACAUCUUGUCCCAUACCACGAGCUCAACCAGGCAGGCGUUCCUGAUCCGCAGGAUGGACAGAAAACCACCCCAGCAGGCCUCAGAUCAGUGGGCACGCUCAGACAGUUCACUCAGCACAGCUCUCACGGCUGGUCACUAGUGCUCUGAGGUGUGUUACACCAUCUGUUUCAUAGCAUAACAUUGACUUUUUACCUUCACAGACUUUGUUUUUACAAAACGGACUCCCUGCUUUGUGUGUAACGAGAGACUGCUGGAAUGUUUUGCAUGGGUUCGAGCAGCACGAUGCCUGUAGUAUCAAAGAGCAAUAGCUUAUGUAGUGCUUUACACAGCAUAUAUGCACAGAUGUCUUUAUUUUCUAUUGUUGCCUGAUGUAGGGACAAAUGUUCAAUCUGACCCUGCAUCCUCAAGAGUAAAGCCACUGCCUUUGUAUCAGUUUCUCCCCACAGUUAGUGAUGCAAAAUACACACCAAAAUACUGCUGUUUUAUGGUUUAGGCUUUAUGAUAAGCUGAGCUUUUGGGGUCCAUGUUAUUGUUUUGUGAAAGUGUGGCUAUUAUAUCCUCAGGUCUGAAGUGCUUGAAUAUUUCAGGGUCUAGUGUAUGAAUUUAAAGACCACAUGAAAUACACCACCUGCCACCAUUAGCAAAUAGUAAAUACUGGUUAACGGUGGUAAAUGAGCCCAAGAAAUACAUGACUAUGCCUACAUUUCUUGAAAUGUGUAAAUAGCAAAACCAGAAAUACAUUGUUCCAGGUACAUUUUAGUGCACUUUUCACAUGACAUGUCUACAAGAGGCGCUAUAAGCUAUAUAAUUUUUACCCCAUUGCAGAUUCAGAUUUAUUAAACGGCACAGUGUCAUGAAAAAAGAAAAGAAAACGUGCCUGUGGAUGUAAAAUGGUUGCAAAAAGUGUUGGUUAUAGCACAUUUCAUGGCAGUCUCAAAUCGAAAGGUCUAGUCUCUGAUGCUAAAUGGCAUGUUCAAAUGUCUCCAAACCACAGUUAAAUGUGACUAUUAGUUAAAUUAGUUGUUGGUACAUAUUGUGGCUUUUCAUCAAUUAAAUCUAACCUAUAUUGUUUACAAAAGCAAAUGUGAGAUAAAAACACAUUUGCUGAAACAAGCAUGCCAUUUUAGCUUGCUAAUUGCAAGUGCAGUGCUUUACCAGGUGCACUAACGAGCAAGUUUACUGCGUCGGAAAUGCCACACAUAUGGAGCCGAUUAUGUAAUGCAAAUGACAAAAUGUAUUCGUUUACAAAAAAUGCACUAUGGUAAAAUUACUCUGUAUUCAUAACAGAGUAUUGUGCAAGACAACAUGCAAAAAUAAGCAUGUAUUCAUCAAGAAUCUGCCCCGUAAACAUAAUUUGUGUGAAAAGGAACAAAAGUUGUUGUCGUUUACUGCCUCUAGUGUUCAUUUCAUCUGGAAACCACCGUCAAAUGCAGUUACCAACUCAGCUUAAGAUAAAUACAAUCACAAACUUGGACGAACAAGUCAACAUAGAAAGUAGAAAGUCAUUUCAUGAGGUCUUUAAAUACUUUGAGUCUGUUUAGGGAUGUUCUUUAGCAGUGCGUUUACUGUAUGCCUCCCUAAUUUUACACCUCAGUGUUUGUAAACUGUAUAUUAGUGUAAUUUCCAGUAUAUAGACAUAUAUCUAUAGAAUAUUUGUUUUGUUUCUUAUUUGAUUUUGAACAAUCAUGCCACCGGUUGUAAUAACUACCUUUGAGGAUUUGAAAGUGUAGGUCUCAAUGAGAUUAGCUAGCUGAAAUAAUACUCAUCACAAAUGCUCCUUUAUCAGCACCAGCUGUGAUUUUUGACUUUUAUUUGAGCCAAACAAAUCAACAUUGAUAUGGCCUGCUUUUUUCAGUGUCUGCUGUAUUCAUUUUUUGCCUUAAACCUAUUUGUGAAUGUCGUGGGUUGAAUUCUUAUACCAUUGUACCAAGCGUUAUGGAUGUAGCAUUUGAUUCGAAUUACAUAUCAAAUAUGUGUGUGUUUUAAUUUUGUGCAUAUGCGAUUCGGUUCUCUUAAUUUUGAGUUGAAAUGGGUUUUGAGGGUUCAGGAUUGCAGCAUUUGAGUUUUUUUUCUUAGCAGGCAUACUUUGCUUUAGCUUUUUGCUUUGCUCUACUCUGUUCCAUCUGAGAAUCAUCAAAUGAAGGCAUUAAUAAUAAAACAUUUGGCCAAAAAUAUGGCACAUAUAUUUGCAUAUUG